GCCAGAAAUGAUAUACAGAUAACAACGAAAGACUCGAGACUUUGACACUGCCCAAGAUGUCUGUCUCUACGUCUGCAUCUUUCGAGUACCUGGAGAGGCUCCCUGGAGUCACUUUCAGACGAUUGUAUCAACAACCCUCAACAGCUCUGGCCAUCUUCCGUCGAAUGCUGCCUCAUCUUGCAAAGACAUUUGUGAUGGCCUUGCUAUACAUGACUAAACCUCUGCCUUUAACAGAUCUCGACUCAUGGGUCCACCCAAAUAGCAAAAGAGAACGAGACCAAGCACUUUCGCUAUUAUCACGACUCCAUAUUGUCACAAUCACUGCGCCGAGUCGAGACGAUCCCCAAACCGUAUCUUUGACCAAGAAUUUCGGUUCAUCCUUGCGACUGGCCUUGACUGGAGGUGGUGAACAUCAAUCAUUUGGUGUCCCGUCUCACGAUGUUCUUGCAAAUUUGGACACAUCAUACCUCGACGACUACGCUAGAGAUCAAUGGGAAGGCAUAUUACAUUAUGUUGUUGCCAGUGUUGCAGAAAAUAGGGGACUUGGGAGCCAGGGACCAACUGCAUCAGUCAAGAAAUUGCUCGAAGCAGGAAAGCUGGUGACGACAGGCAGACAUUCCGGAGGUGGGAUCACACAAGCAGGCUUCUCGUUCUUGUUGCAAGAGGUUAACGCGCAAGUCUGGACUAUGCUUCUCCUCUGGAUUGAAAAUGCUGAGCACAUGGAUUUUGACUCUGUGGAAGUGCUCUCGUUUCUGUUCAUGCUUGGCUCUCUUGAACUAGGUCGCGCAUACAGCACCUCUACGCUCUCGGAAUCCCAGCGUCGAAUGCUUACAUACCUGGUGGACUUCGGUCUUGUUUAUGUCCCUCCCUCGGCAUCAACUCAAUUCUACCCAACUCGGCUAGCUACCACUCUAACAUCUGAUGCGACUGCUCUUCGCAGUGUGUCUGCCGGAUUUGAGGCUGCUCUUACGGCAGCAAGUGGAUCGAAGGGUUUUAUUAUCAUCGAGACGAACUAUCGAUUAUACGCAUACACCAAUUCUCCUCUGCAGAUUGCCGUCCUGGCUCUUUUCACAAAACUCGGUACUCGUUAUCCCAAUAUGGUCUCUGGACGUAUUACUCGAGAGUCUGUGGCCAGAGCCAUCUCCCAUGGGAUCACGUCAGACCAGAUUAUCUCUUACCUUGGCACACAUGCACAUCCACAGCUAGUGAAGACUUCAUCCGCCAACGGCAAUCCUGUCCUUCCUCCUACUGUGGUCGAUCAGAUUCGACUGUGGCAGAUUGAAAAUGAACGAAUGAAAGCAACACCUGGCUUCCUGUUUAGAGACUUCGAGAAUUUGAAGGAAUAUGAAGCAUGCGUCAGGUAUGCAGACGAAAUUGGGGUCCUGACCUGGAAGAGCGAUGCAAAGAGGAUGUUCUUCGUAACGAGGCAUGAGCAAUUGAGGGAUUACAUCAAAAGUCGCAAGACGAAAUAGGAUUUCGACCCCACUGGAGUAUGAUCAUUAUCACUUACGGCACGAACCGCAUACCAAAAUUUCCGGAGCGAGCAUAGCGCGGCGUUGGGGUGGCAUGGAUUCAUGUUUCUAAUUCUUGGAGUCUUCACCCCUGGCCAUCGAGAGCAACGGUCUUGCAGGUGUACUCCACACC